AUGCCGCGAAUUCAUUCAAAAAAGUUAACAAGGUCCGAUAAUAUUGAUCCAUUUGAAAAUUUGGUUGAAUUUUAUGAAGAACAUGUGAAAUAUCUGCAACACGAACAAAGGAGAGUUACAAAUUUUUUGAAUAAAAAUAAUAUCAAAGGCGAUCACAUGACUUCUAAGUUGAUAAAAUUACAAGAAUUAAUCGAUAAGAGUAACGGAGGCAGAUCCAAAGCCAAAGAAUAUAAAAAAUCUAACCCAUUAGAUAUUGUUAUAAAAACCUUAACCAAUCAAAAGGAUGAAUCCAACCGAAAAAAUGAAGAACUCCAAAAAGAAAUUAAUGAAUUAAGACAAAGAGUACAAGAAUUAGAAUCAGACCUCCACUAUGAACGUAUGCUAAAUAAUAGAACAAUAGAAAAUUUUAGUAACACUGAAGAACGCUACAGAACUAUGGCUAUUCUCCAACGAAGCAACACUAUGAUUUUUGACGAGGAAGAAUAUACAUAA